CGUAGCCCCGAGACCCGUCUAACCGCACGCGUGCGCUACGGCGAUAGCUUUGCUUGCUUCCCUGCGUCUCUUGCCCUUCACGCCGUCGCCGGCCCAUGUCACUCCUUAUCCGUCUUUUUCCGGUCCCCCUGUUUAGUCCCGCCCACCUCCGCCUUUCCUCUCCAGCAGCAAGCACUGUCCCACAUCCAUCUCUAGCUUCUACCAGCUGAAGCACACUGCACACUAGUACCAAGGGAGACGCCAUGGACGUUGUGGCGUCCUCUUCGCCCUACUCGCCGCCGUCGCUGCGCCACAAGCAGCGGACCACCGUGUGCGGCUGCUUCGGCUCGCCGUCUUCACCAGGCAGCGGCGGGGAGAGGCCGCAAAGUGGCGGCAGGGCUAGGUGGAGGCGGCGCGCGGCGGCCGUGGGGGAGUUCAGGUACGACCCGCUCAGCUACGCGCUCAACUUCGACGACGGCGACGCCGACGCGGAGGACGCCGCCUGAAACUUGAACUCGCGCCUGCCUUCAUCGCCGGUGCCGUCCUCCCGAGCCGUCGCCAUCGCCUGAACUGAAUUCUGAAUCGUAGUAGCAGCAAACGUCCUUUUUAACUUUUUGUAGCUCUGUCCCUCUGAUCUUACUUCUUCUCUGAGCGAGACUGAAUCACCGCAUCUGUAAAAGCAGUUUAUACGGCCGGGGAAACGUACGUACCGAGGAGUAGCAAUAGAAUCAUGUACUUUACACAUAAGAAUCAAUGCAAGGAAACAGAUACGUGUACACGUGGUUUGGUCGGGAAUUUCUUUUGGAUGAUGAACUGUGAAGGAAGUUUCACCUUGGGUUUGGG